UUCGACCUCUCCAAUCUGGAGUGACAUCGUAAUGUUUGAACGCUUGGUCGAUGGGAGAAUCAUCUACACGAACGAUCCUGCUUUGAGUAUACUUGUAUACUUGGCAUAGAGUGGCAAUGUUACUGUAUGUACAUAAUAGUACAAGUGGACACGUAGACACUUCUUUUUGCCGGGUCCAUAAAAGACCGUCAUCCCCGCAAUUUAAACCCACCCACCACCGUUGCUCUGCUGUCUGCUGUCUGCUGCCAUGCGGUUCUCCUCGCUCCUUUCGACAGCCUCUGCUGUUGCUCUUGCUUCCAUCGCAGCGGCCGAUGCCGACGCUGAGAAGCCGUCCGAUGUCAUCAACAUCACCCAAGAGACCUUCGAGGCCGUCGUCAAUAGCGAACCAUUGAUUCUUGUCGAGUACUUUGCCCCAUGGUGUGGACACUGCAAGGCUCUUGCGCCUCAUUACGAGGAGGCGGCAACUAUUUUGAAGGAAAAGGACAUCAAGCUGUCUAAAGUAGACUGUGUCGACCAGGCAGAGCUUUGCCAGGCCCAUGGGAUUCAGGGCUACCCUACUCUCAAAGUUUUCCGCCGUGGUGAGGCCACCGACUACACUGGCCCCCGUAAGGCUGAUGGUAUCGUCAGCUAUCUGAUCAAACAAUCUCUUCCCGCUGUCUCACAAGUGACUGCGGCUAACCUCACUGAAUUCCAACACGCUGACAAGAUCGUCGCUGUCGCAUAUGUUACCUCGACUUCUGACGCCCCUGCCACAGAAUUCGGCGCUGCCGCUGAGAAGCACCGUGAGGACUACUUGUUUGGUAUCACCACCGACCCAGAGGCAAUCGCAGCUGCGGGCGUCUCAGCUCCCGCGAUCGUUGUCUAUCGUAGCUUCGAUGAACCUGUGUCCGAAUACCCCUACCCUAUCUCCUCCGUAACUGCUAAUGAUCUUGGUACCUGGUUGGAAGAAUUGGCCAUCCCAACAAUUGGUGAAGUCAAUGGUGAUACGUACUCCGUCUACGUCGCUAGUGGACGGCCCUUAGCAUACUUGUUUGUCGACCCCAACGACGAGAAGAGCCAAGAAUACAUCGAGGCACUUAAACCUGUCGCUUCCAAGUAUCGCAGCAAGCUCAAUUUCGUUUGGAUCGACGCUACCAAGUUUGGGGAUCAUGCGAAGGCUCUGAAUCUCGCCGAGCCUAAGUGGCCAAGCUUCGUCAUCCAGGAUCUGCGGUUGCAGUUGAAGUAUCCUUAUGAUCAAAGCAAGGAAGUCGAACCUGCUGCUGUCUCAACCAUGGUCACCGACUACCUCGAUGGUAAACUGCAGCCGAAGUUGAAGAGCCAGCCCAUUCCAGAAAGUCAGGAUGAGAGUGUGUUCGUUUUAGUCGGUGAGCAGUUCGAUGAGGUUGCCUUCGACGAGUCGAAGGACGUGUUUAUUGAGUUUUAUGCGACAUGGUGCGGCCACUGCAAACGUCUGAAGCCCAUAUGGGACUCUCUCGGUGAUCAUUUUGCCGAAGUGAAGGAUCGUGUCGUCAUCGCAAAAAUGGAAGCUCAGGAAAAUGAUCUACCGCCUUCGGUUCCCUUCCGCAUCGGCGGUUUCCCCACCCUGAAAUUUAAGCCUGCCAGAUCACGCGACUUCAUUGAUUACGACGGAGACCGGUCGUUGGAAAGUCUCAUCGCCUUCGUGGAGGAGCGUGCGAAGAACGAUCUCACACCAAAGGUCAAGGUUCCAGAGGACGAAGCGCAGGCUACCUUUGCAAAGCCAAGCGAGGCCCAUGAUGAGCUUUGAUGGGUAGAAUGUGGUAUUCAUUAUCGUUAUCGUAUCUUGAUCGAGUAUUUUUGGUUAUUGGCAAAUGCUCAAUGUUUGCUAGUUCUUGGGAACGAACAUAAACUCGGUAUGCGAACAAUAUAGGUUACAAGAUCUACAGCUUGACUUGUUCGAGACCAUCCU